UCAGCUUUCCAGCUCGUAUUGUAUCCCCCGCGUCGGCUUUUACAGCGAAUCUCGAGACUCAACAGACCUAUUCACGCUCAAAAGGCUCUCCUCUUAUCUUUAUCUAGAUAUAUUUCAGUUGAAGACUUAUUGUUUUACGGGUCGAAGAAGAAGACAGAGCUAUAAUCAUGUCGGACGCACAGGCAUUACUUCAGAAGGCUGAGAAAAAGGCGUCGUCGUCAGGGUUUUUCGGGAUGCUUUCGAGCAGUACGAGAUACGAGGAAGCCGGCGAUUUGUACGUCGAGGCUGCGAACGCUUUCAGGCUUCAAAAAGAUAUGGUUGGCGCUGGAAAGGCGUUUGAAAAGGCUGCUGAGAUGCAGCUGAAGUCGGAAUCGAAGGACGAAGCGGCAAACACCUACGUCGAGGGAUAUAAAGCUUUCCGAAAGGUUGAUCCUUCCGAGGCCGCCAGACUAUUGAUCCAGGCUAUCACCUUAUUCACAGCAAAGGGCCAGUUCCGCAGAGCAGCGACAUACAAGCAAGAUCUAGCGGUGCUGUACGAGAACGAUCUCAAUGAUCUGGACCGCGCAAUGGAUGCCUACGACGACGCUGGCGAAUGGUUUUCCAAUGAUGGUGCUGAAUCUCUGGCAAACAAGGCCUGGCUCAAGGUCGCCGAGGUCGCGGCUCUGAAAGAGGAUUACAUCAGAGCGAUUGCAAAGUACGAAAUGGUCGCGAAGAACAGUCUCACAAAUAAUCUCACAAAGUGGAGUGUCAAGGAUUACUUCUUCCGGGCUGGCCUAUGUCAUAUCGCCAACAAGGACAUUGUUGCUGCCAAGCGGUCGGUGGAGGAGUACGCUGAUGCGGACCCCUCAUUUUUCCAGACCCGAGAGUUCGGUCUUUUGCAGGACAUUAUCUCCGCCUACGAGGACGGCGACCAAGAGCGAUUCACAGACAAGGUCUUUCAAUUCGAUCAAUUCUCGAAGCUCGAUAAGUGGAAGACGACGAUCCUUCUCCGUAUCAAGAACUCGAUAUCAGAGGAGGAAGAGAACAUUCUGUAAAUUCGGGUAUAUGCGUUGGAAUCAUACAUUUGUCUUUUGUAUUUGAGUUUAUUGUGGUUGGCUUGAUUGAUUUUUGUUACUCUUCAUGUCUCUGUUAGAGGUGUCAGUAUCUGCGAUUUAUGUAGCAGUUCAUUCGAAAUCGAUAUUUUUAAAAAAACUCUUCGUACUUUUGGUGAAAGCGUACAAAACAGGCAUGGAAGAUAAAAUAAAGUAGUUUGGGUUGCAUACUAAUACACCUGCAGAACUCUACAGUGCGGACAUCAUGCAAGAAUCAUAGGUACACGUUUCAAAAAGACACCAGUUUUCAAAUAAAAGGAAGUAGAAAUAAGCAAAAAUAACCAAAAAGAUAAAAAUAGCAAGAUAAAAGAGAGGAUUAGAUAGAAACUGGAGAUAGAAUAAGGAAAAGAAACACGACAUGAAAGGCUUUUAGGCUGUGCUGCGCUUCAAGUCA